AUGCCAAACGAGAGCCUGGUGCUGAGCAGCCUGGAUGGGAUUUACAUCGGUACCGAGUGCUUGGUUGCUUUGUUUGCCACCUUGGGUAACAUCCUGGUCAUCUGGGUGGUGAAGCUGAACUUGACGUUUCAGAACACGACUCUGUACUUCAUCGUUUCCCUGGCACUGGCUGAUAUCGCGGUGGGGAUCCUCGUCAUGCCCCUGGCCGUCGUGGUGAGUCUGGGCAUCAGCGUCCACUUCUACAGCUGCCUAUUUAUGUGCUGCCUGAUGGUGGUUUUCACUAACGCUUCCAUCCUCUCCCUCCUGGCCAUUGCCAUCGACAGGUACCUGCGAGUGAAGCUGCCAACCAGAUAUAAAAUAAUCACUACAGAGAGAAGAGUGUGGUGGGCACUGGGUUUGUGCUGGUCUGUGUCCCUGCUGGUAGGAUUAGUCCCCAUGUUUGGAUGGAACAAGAAAGAAUCAAGCAGCUCUGACUUCCUCAGGUGUCAAUUUGCCUCUGUGAUGAGGAUGGAUUACAUGGUAUAUUUUGGCUUCUUCACAUGCACCCUUGUCCCUCUGCUCAUCAUGUGUGCUAUGUACAUUGAAAUCUUUUACAUCAUCCGGAGAAAGCUAAGACAAGGUACAGCCAAUGUGAGAGGGGCAGGAGUGUUUUAUGGACAGGAGUUCAAGACAGCCAAAUCUCUAGCACUUGUUCUCUUCCUGUUUGCAAUAUCCUGGUUGCCUCUGUGCAUUAUAAACUGCAUUUCCUAUUUUUAUCCUGAGUGUGAGAUCCCCCGUUAUUUGAUGUACUUGGCAAUCCUGUUAUCCCAUGCCAAUUCUGCUAUGAACCCCAUUGUCUAUGCUUGCAAGAUAAAGAAGUUCAAAACCACGUACCUUUUAAUUUUAAGGACCUAUAUCCUGUGCAAAAAACCAGACCCAGUUCUUACAGAGCAAACAACAGACCAACAGUCAUAA